AUGUCUGCUUCAUCAUCAAAUGUGGACAUGGAAUUAUUGUUGAAUGAAUCAUGGAGGUCGACCACUUUGCCUGGUAUUAUCAAAAAACAACCCGAUGUUGAAAAAUUUCUUGGUAAGAAAAGAGACUCCAAUAUAAUUCCCAAACUGGAAAAUACAUUUCGAGCACUCAACGAGAUGAGUUCUGUUUCGGAAUGUAAAGUUGUCAUAUUCGGACAAGAUCCAUAUCCAAGAGAAGAAAGUGCUAUUGGUAUUGCUUUUAAUGAUGGUCAAAUUAAAAAGUGGACCGAUGCCAUGUCUCCAAGUUUCAGAAAUAUCAUCAAGAAUGUUUUAAUUAGCUCUGGACAUCUAAAAUCGAGUGAUAAAGUGGAAACUAUGAGAAAACAAAUUGCCAAACUCAAGUUAAUGGAUCCACCUGAUUGGUUUGAAUAUACCAUGAAACAAAACGUGUUGUGGCUCAAUACUGCUUUGACAUUUAGCGGUACUGACAAAUCUGAGCUCAACAAACACACCAAAUUCUGGGCACCUAUUGUUGAGGGAAUUGUUGAAACACUCUUAAAAGAAUCUACUAAGGGUAUUGUGUUUGUGUUAUGGGGAGGUAAUGCUAAAAAGUUAAAGUCCAUGAUUAAUAAGGUUGCUAAAAAAGAGACCAAAAAAGUGGAGUUUGUAGAAGCAAACCAUCCUGCAGUAGAGAGUUUCAAUGAUGUUCAAACCUUUACAAAAGUGAAUGAAGCACUCAAAAAGCUUGACCAUGAAGAAAUCGACUGGUUAGGAACUGAAAAGAAGAGAAAGGAGGCCCCAAGUUCCUCAAGCUCAGUAGAGGAUGAAGAGGUUGCUGAAUCUUCAAAUAAGAAGGCCAAAAAAUAG